AUGAAUUUCUCGCACGACAAGUUCGACGCGGAGAAGUAUGUGGACGACCAGAUGCAGAUCAUGGACGAACGGGGUGUGCGGCUGCUGGUGGGGGACCUGGCGGACUACAGGCGCGUGUCAGCGGACGAGAUGCGCAAGAGCGUGUUCGCCAACUACACGGCGUUCAUCGGCACGUCCAAGGAGAUCGCCGAGCUGGAGGUGGAGCUGCAGCAGAUGAAGAACCUGCUCUCCGUGCAAACCGCGCUCAUCCACUCCCUCGCCGCGGAUAGCAUGAGCAAUGAUAAUAGUAAUAGCGCUUCUGGUGGUGGUGGGGGGGGUGGGGGUGGGGGUUCGACGCCUGCGUCGACUACCUCGUCGGUUACCACUGCUGGUACUUCGUCCACCUUCGCUGGUGCUUCGUCCUCGUCAUACGCGUCCUCGUUAGCCACCCCGCAGCAGGACGAGGAGGAGGACGAGCGGCUGUGGAGCGUGGAGGUUCCCGAGCCGACAGAGAUCGAGAAAUACGCGGAGGCGCUCCCGGAUAUACUGGAUAUUCUUAUAGCGGAGCGCAAGGUCGACCGCGCUAUAGAGCUGCUGGAGCAGGGGCAGCAGAUUGUGCAGCUGGCGCUGGCGACGGCAGGGGACGGGGCGGGCGGGGGCGGAGGCGGGGGGAAGGGGGGAGGGGGUGGGGCGGGCGGGGAGGACGAGGAGAUCCUGAGCGCGGACGCGGCGAACGCGCUGGCGGCGGCGAUCGCGGAGAGGCGCGCGUGGCUGAUGGCGCAGCUGGAGGAGACGGCGCAGCAGGCGGCUGUGCGCGGACAGGAGCUGCGCCAGGCCGUGGGCGCGCUGUACCGCCUGGGGGAGACCGAGCGCGCGCACCAGCUGCUGCUGGGCGCGUACGGGGAGCGCAUCAGGAGCGGAUCCCGCCUGCUGCGCCCCCGCGGGACCAGCUUUGGGGGGGCGUACACUGCUGCCCUGGCGCAGGUGAGUGCGUGGGGAGGGGGAGCGUUGGGAGGGGGAGGCCGUGGUGGAGGGGAGGGCCUGGUGUUCUCGGCCAUAUCUCAAGCAGCCACAGACUCGGCGCGCAUAUUCGCAUCGGACCCGGCGUGUGCGGCGGACCUGCUGCUGUGGGCGCAGAGGGAGACGGAGUUCUGUGUGUCGCUGCUCAAGCGCCACGUGCUCUCCUCCGCUGCUGCUGCUGGCGGGCUGCACGCCGCCGCUGAAUGCGUGCGCAUCGCCCUGGGUCACUGCAGGCUGUUAGAGGAGCAGGGUUUGGCCCUCUCCCCAGUGCUCUCCAAGCUGGUCCGCCCCAGUGUGGAAGAAGCCCUCGAGUUCAACAUCAUCCGCAUAGAGGACUCCGUCGCUACAAUGGUGGCCGUCGAUGACUGGGUGUUGCUGCCGCUCCCCCACGGCGCUGCUGCCACGGGCAGGGUGCGCGCGCUGCAGCAGACGCUGGGCCCGGGGUUGAUGCACCUGCGGCUGUCGAGCAGCGGCCAGCGGUUCUAUCUCUUGCUCGUGGACUUAGUGGAGGACAUUCUCCCGGUGAUCAGCCUGCAGCUGUUUGGUCGCAUUCUCGACCGCCUGGCCUCCCUCUUCGAGUCCUACGUCGCCCUGCUGCAAAAGGCCCUCCCCUCGCCCUCCGACGACGAUGACGAGGAGGACGGGGAGAACGCGGGGGAAGGAGGCAAAGACAAGGGCGGGGAGAAGGGCGGGGAGAAGGAGAACGGGGAGGAGCCGUGGCAGGACGGCAGUGUGCGGACAGCAGAGGACGAGCAGCAGCAGCUGGCGCUGCUGGGGAAUGCGUCGGCUCUCGCGGAUGAUCUGCUGCCGCGGCUGGCUCAGCGGCUCACGCUGGCUGCUGGGGAGGAAGGUGGCGGGGGAGGGGGGCGAGGGGGGAGGAAGCAGGGCGGGGCGGAUCCAGACAGGAGGCUGUCUGCUGGCGGACGGUACGCCCCCUCUCUCUCUGAAUGCUCUUUCUCUUUUCGGCUCUCGGUCCCCUCUGUUGUCCGCAACGCGGCGGAGCACAAGGAGUGGCGGAGGAGGCGGCUACAGAAGGCGGUGGACAAGUUGAGCGACGUGCUGUGCUCAAAGGGUGGGGCCCGCAAGCUCACCCCCCAUUCCCUCCCCCACCUCCCCAACUCCAACGCGGCGGAGCACAAGGAGUGGCGGAGGCGGCUACAGAAGGCGGUGGACAAGCUGAGGGACGUGCUGUGCUCGUGCCUGGUGGCGGAGUUCAUGUACGGCCACGACGGCCAGCCCAUCCUCACCGCCCACCAGUACCUCCACAUGGACGCCAAGAUGCGCCCCACCCAGUGGGCGCUCAAACCCCUCCCCUCGCCGCCUUUUCAGGCACUAUACAUGGCGCUGCACUCCAUCCACUCAACAGCCACGUACGUGCUGGGAGGGCGAGACCGCGUGGUGACGCUGCUGCUCAUGCGCCUCGCCGAGUGGCUCAUGAUGGGCCUCAUGGUCUACAGCUCCUUCUGGGACGAGCUGGAGAACGCUGAAUACGCCCUCGGCCCUACAGGCUUGCAGCAGCUGGUGUUUGACAUGUAUUUCGUGAUGCAGGUAGCCAAGGCGGGCAAGUACUCAUCCAGGGCCAUGCGCAAGGUGGCAGAGGACAGCGCUACUAAGGCUAUUGUGCUCUACACUGAUCAGACGGGAGGGGACCCCAACAGUCUCCUACAGGAGGACUGGUGGUACGAGCAUAAGUGUGUGGAGGCAAUAGAAGAACUUGCAGCAGCAGCCAGCCCAGCAGCGUCCCCUACUGAUUCGCCCAGCCGUCACCGCCGCUCCUUCUCCCAAGAAGACCCUGACGACCCACUCGCCGCCGCCCCCUCUGCUGCUGCUCCUGCCGCUGCUAGUCCUGCUGCUCCUGCUGGUGCUGUUGGCACUGGUGCUGCUGGUGGUUCUACAACUGCUGCUGCCUCGUCUCCUACAAUACCGGGUCUGCAGCAGCAGGGGGAUGGGGGGUUGUCCCAACAGCAGCAGGGCUUGGGGAGAGGUGGGUUGGAUGAGGAGAGGAGACCAGCGGCAAAGGGACAGUAUGAUAUGUAUGAUGAUGAUGGGGGGGUUAGGAGUGCGAGACCAGGAGGCAGGGGAGCAGUCCGAAGCCCUACGGGUGAAUCAGCAGGAAGGGGGGCGAGGAGCAGAGGGUUUUCAGAGGAUGAUUAUGGGAGCGGGGGCGGCAGGAGUGAGUAUGCGGGGCGGGAUAGGGGGGAUGGAAGGGAGUAUGGGAGGGAGUAUGGGAGGGGGGACAGUGUGGGGAGCAGGGAGUAUGGGAGGGAGAGGGAUGGUGCAGGGGGGUGGGAGUAUGGGAGGGAUGACGGAGGGAGGGAUUAUAGGGAGAGUGGUGGGAGGGAUUAUGGGAGGGAGAGAGAUGGAUCGUAUAGAGACAGGGAUGUGUCGUAUAGGGAGAGAGAUAGGGAUGGGUAUGGGCGGGAUGAGAGAGGUUAUGCGGGGCGACAGGCACAGAGGCGAGGAGGGUACUGA